GUACAUUUUUAAAUAUAUAUUUUUUUUCCUACUUUAACCUUAUUGCUCCCUCCAAAAACCUCCCACCUAACACUCCCCAGUCCCCAUUACUAAUACUAGUAUACUAGUAGAAGAAUCUCAUAGCAAGCAGUUGCUUAAACCCUCUUCACUGUAUACUUUCUUCUGAUAAUGGCAUCUGCUAAUGCUUUCUCCACUGCCUCCAUACUUCCUUCUUCCUCUAAACAGGAGGGAUUGAAGGGCAGAGGGGUGAAUCAAUUGCAGGGACAGAAAUUCAACAAUAAGGUUUCAAAGUGCCGAUUAGUAGUAAGGGCAAAUGCUAAAGAAAUUGCAUAUGAUCAAAAAUCAAGAGCUGCCCUUCAGAGAGGAAUUGAUAAGCUCGUUAAUGUUAUUGCUGUUACUAUUGGUCCCAAGGGAAGGAAUGUGGUUUUAGAUGAAUAUGAUACCCCGAAAGUGGUUAAUGAUGGAGUCACAAUUGCUCGAGCCAUAGAGCUAGCUGAUGCCAUGGAAAAUGCGGGUGCCACCCUUAUUAGAGAGGUUGCAAGCCUAACCAAUGAUGCUGCUGGAGAUGGGACAACAACUGCAUCAGUUCUUGCCCGGGAAAUCAUUAAACUUGGUCUUUUAAGUGUUACAUCUGGUGCAAAUCCAGUCUCUCUGAAGAAGGGCAUUGACAAAACUGUAAAUGCUUUGAUUGCAAAGCUAGAGAGGAGGGCUAGGCCUGUUAAAGGUCGUGAUGACAUCAAAGCUAUUGCUUCUAUCUCUGCUGGAAAUGAUGAUGAGAUUGGAACCAUGAUUGCUGAUGCAAUUGACAAAGUUGGUCCUGAUGGUGUUCUAUCGAUUGAGUCAUCCUCUUCUUUUGAAACAACUAUUCGUGUUGAAGAAGGGAUGGAGAUUGAUAAGGGAUAUCUCUCCCCACAAUUCAUCACCAACCAGGAGAAAUUAAUUGUUGAAUUUGAGAAUACUAGAGUGUUGGUUACAGAUCACGAGAUUUCAGCAAUCAAGGAUAUUAUGCCCCUCUUGGAGAAGGCAACUCAAUUACGAGCCCCUCUGCUAAUUAUUGCUGGAGACAUUACUGGAGAAGCUUUGGCUACUCUUAUUGUGAACAAGCUUCGAGGUAUACUGAAUGUUGCUGCCAUCAGAGCACCUGGUUUUGGUCAAAGGAGGAAGGCUCUUCUCCAAGAUAUUGCCAUUGUAACAGGAGCUGAGUACCAGGCAGCUGAUUUGUGCAUGCCUGUUGAGAAUACCCCGGUUGAAGCACUGGGUUUUGUUAGAAAGGUGACUAUCACCAAGGAUUCAACAACCAUCCUUGCUGAUGCUGUGACUAAGGACGAGAUACAGGCUAGGAUUUCUCAGAUUAAAAAGGAGUUGGACAAUGUAGAUUCAAAAUCUGAGUCCGAAAAACUUGCUGAGAGAAUUGCAAAGUUGUCUGGAGGUGUUGCUGUCAUAAAGGUUGGAGCUGCAACAGAAGCUGAGCUUGAGGACCGCAAGCUUAGAAUUGAGGAUGCAAAAAACGCAACCUUUGCUGCAAUUGAAGAGGGAAUUGUACCUGGUGGUGGUGCUGCAUUGGUUCAUCUAUCAACUUAUGUCCCUUCCAUUAUGGACAAUCUUGAAGAUCCUGAAGAGAAGCUGGGCGCUGACAUUGUGCAGAAGGCAUUAGUAGCUCCAGCAUCUUUGAUAGCUCAGAAUGCUGGGGUUGAAGGGGAAGUAGUAGUGGAGAAGAUAAAGGCUAGCAAAUGGAAGAUGGGUUACAAUGCAAUGACUGACAAGUACGAAGAUUUAGUAGAAGCUGGUGUCAUAGAUCCAGCCAUGGUAACAAGAUGUGCCUUGCAGAAUGCAGCUUCAGUUGCAGGAAUGGUACUCACCACACAAGCUAUUGUUGUGGACAAGAAAAUGCCUAAUGCACCAGCAUUUUCUCCUCCACAGGGACUUCCCAUGAUGUAAUCGAUAAUUAUACACUAAUAGUCAGGUAGGACAAAGAUGAGUGUUGAUCUUGCUUGAAGGACUAAAAGAGAAGGCAGUGUUAAUUUCAGCUGGAGUGUAAAACUCACAUAAGUAGUACUUACAUUGGUUUAUGGACUUGCUGUAAACUGAAGAUUUACACAUAUACACCACCUAAAUUUACCUAUUUUCAAAAAAAGUCUACCAACCCAAAUUAAUUACACAAUCCCCAAAAUAAUUACAAAAAUCUCCUAUCUUUUU